AUGAGGGGGAUUCUUUCGCUGUGGUUGUUAUGCUGUUUGAAAUGGAGUCUGCUUGUGGAUGCUCAGUUUCCGAGGGUUUGCUGCACUGUUGAGGGGAUUUCAACCAAAGAAUGUUGCCCAGCUCUAGGGCCAGAUCCUGCCAAUGUUUGUGGAACUCUCUUUGGUCGAGGAAACUGUUCCAACAUCAGAGUGGACACAAAACCUUGGGGUGGACCCUACAGGCUGAGAAACGUGGACGACAGAGAAAGAUGGCCAACGAAGUUUUUUAAUCGUACCUGCAGAUGCUUUGGUAAUUUUGCAGGUUUUAAUUGUGGAGAGUGUAAAUUUGGCUGGACCGGACCAAAUUGUGACCAACGAAAGCCUCCAGUGGUGCGGAAGAACAUUCAUUCUCUGACUGCGGUUGAGCUCCAGGAGUUUCUGGAUGUUUUGGACUUGGCCAAAAACACCAUCCAUCCAGACUAUGUCAUUGCCACCCAACACUGGUUGGGUGUUCUGGGUCCAAAUGGAACCCAGCCACAGUUCACCAACAUCUCCAUUUAUGAUUACUUUGUGUGGCAACACUAUUACUCCGUCAGAGAUACACUCUUAGGCCCGGGGCGUCCAUUCAAAGCCAUAGACUUCUCUCAUAAAGGCCCAGCCUUCAUCACCUGGCACAGAUAUCACCUGCUGAGUCUGGAGAGAGAUCUACAGAAACUGACUGGAAAUGAAAACUUUGCUGUACCUUACUGGAACUUUGCCACGGGACAGACGGAUUGUGACGUCUGUACAGAUUCUCUCCUGGGAGGUCGUGAUCCCAAUGACCCCUCCCUCAUUAGUCCCCGGUCUAGAUUUUCCAACUGGGGAGUGGUGUGCAACAGUUUGGAUGACUACAAUCGCCUAGUCACGCUGUGUAACGGAACGAGGGAGGGAUCUUUACGAAGAGGAGUGGUGGACAGAUCUAACAUGAGUCUACCUACCAUGAAUGAUGUUAGGAGCUGUCUCAACAUUCGAGAUUUUGACAGUCCCCCUUACUUUACCAACUCAUCCUUCAGUUUCAGAAAUGCAUUGGAGGGUUACGACAAACCAGACGGUGAACUUGACAGCUCUGUGUCCAAUUUGCACAACCUGGUUCACUCAUUUCUGAAUGGAACAAGUGCUCUCUCUCACUCUGCUGCUAAUGAUCCCAUCUUUCUGGUGCUCCAUGCUUUCACAGAUGCCAUAUUUGACGAGUGGAUGAAGCGUUUCCCUGAAAACGCUACCUUCCCAGAUGAAAUGGCUCCCAUCGGUCACAACCGAAAGUAUAACAUGGUGCCCUUCUUUCCACCUGUGACCAAUGAGGAGAUUUAUGUUACAUCUGAAGUACUGGGUUAUUCAUACGCCAUAGAUUUGGAAGAGACUGAAACCAAUGCCACAGUGGUUGUGCUGGGGUCCACACUGGGAGGAAUUUUCUUGGGUCUGCUGGUUCUGCUCCUGUUGUUAGUGCUCUAUCUGCAGCAGAGGAGAAAGCGUGAGUUUGAGCCCCUCAUUAAAGCAGAGUUCACCAACAAGAAGUAUACAGAAGAAGCUUGA